UCUCGGCGGACCUUGGCCUCGGGUGCCGUUGCUAUUGUUCUUCGAGGCAGGGCCGCAGGGGAGGGCUCUCUCCCUUCAAACCUCUCCUUUGGUCUCUUCCUCUUCCCGGUACCGUGCUGCGGAGAGCCUCAGCAGCCCCGGAUCACCGAUCUUUUCCGAGAAAUAGAGUCAGCUCCAGCGGCUCUCCCGAACAGCGGCCGAAGACGCUCCCGAGAGCUCCCGAAGAACCCCGGCCGCUCGUUGUCUCCGGAAAGAGCCGAAGGAGCUUUCUAACCUCGGCCUGCCGAGCCCUUCCGAAAAGGGCCGAAAAGCUCCGAGCGGCCGUCCUGCCGGACUGCUGGAGGCGGCCGCAGCGCCAUGUUGGAUGCUCUGCUCGUUGAGUGAAGAAAAUCCGUCCGCAUCGCCCGAGCCCCGCUACCGAGAAGGGCGCCGCUUCCCCCGGGGAGGGGGACAGAGACCCCCCCGCCGCCGGCCCAUGAGGAUAUUGCCGUGAAAGGCUCAGCGGCUGCAGCAGGAACCGGACCGGGCACCGGAGCGGCGGCGGCAGCGGCGGCGGUACCGCCUCCUCACCCGGCGGCGGCGGCAGCGGCGGCGGCGGCAGCGGCAGCGGCGGCCCCUCCUCACCCGAACAUCAGGGCCCUCCAGACCCCGGCCCCCCCAACAAAUUCCUAGAGGACCCGUACAACAGCCUCUGGAGGAUCGGAUCUUCCCUCCCACCGUCUCUGCAGUCUACAGCACGGUAACACAAGUAGCAAGACAGCCGGGACCCCCAACCCCUUCCCCUUACUCAGCACAUGAAAUAAACAAGGGGCACCCCAAUCUUGCGGCCACGCCCCCGGGACAUGCAUCGUCCCCUGGACUCUCUCAAACCCCUUAUCCCUCUGGACAGAAUGCAGGUCCAACCACAUUGGUCUACCCUCAAGCCCCUCAGACAAUGAAUUCACAACCUCAGACCCGGUCUCCGCCCAGCAGAACAGUGCCAAUACAUUGCACAGACAACUGGAAGAGGAGGAAGGUUUUGGAACAGACUCCCGUUUACAGGUCCUUGGCUGGAAGAGGCUGGAUAAAAUACUGCAUUUUUGCAGCGGGGCCUCGACCUGCCCAUCAUCAGGGAAGACCGCCAGUAGCAGUAAUUAGGAUUGCCUUUGGCCGCUCUUCUCCUCUUCUUUUGUUUUUCCAGAGGCCUCAACUCCAGCCUCCCAGAGCUACCAUCCCAAACAGCAGUCCUUCCAUUCGUCCUGGUGCACAGACUCCCACUGCCGUGUAUCAGGCCAAUCAGCACAUCAUGAUGGUUAACCAUCUGCCUAUGCCGUACCCCGUGCCCCAGGGGCCUCAGUACUGUAUACCACAGUACCGCCACAGUGGCCCUCCGUAUGUGGGGCCCCCACAGCAGUAUCCAGUUCAGCCUCCGGGGCCAGGGCCUUUUUAUCCUGGACCAGGACCUGGGGACUUUGCUAAUGCUUACGGAACGCCUUUUUACCCAAGUCAGCCAGUGUAUCAGUCAGCACCUAUCAUAGUGCCUACGCAGCAACAGCCCCCUCCCGCCAAGAGAGAGAAAAAAACUAUAAGAAUUCGCGAUCCAAAUCAGGGAGGUAAAGACAUAACAGAGGAGAUUAUGUCUGGUGGUGGCAGCAGAAAUCCCACUCCACCUAUAGGAAGACCUACAUCCACACCUACUCCUCCUCAGCAGCUGCCCAGCCAGGUCCCCGAGCACAGCCCUGUGAUAUAUGGGACUGUGGAGAGCGCUCAUCUCGCUGCCAGCACCCCUGUCACUGCAGCUAGCGACCAGAAGCAAGAAGAAAAACCAAAACCAGAUCCAGUGUUCCAGUCUCCUUCCACAGUCCUUCGACUUGUCCUUAGUGGGGAGAAGAAAGAGCAAGCCGGCCCAGUGCCCGAGACUCCGGCAGGAGAGAGCGCCCCAGAACCUCCUCGGACUUCAUCACCUGCCGCCCUCGCUCCUCUUGCCCGGAGCUCAGUUCCUUCCCCCACUUCUGCUGCCCUUAGCAGCCAGCCACUGUUCACUACUGUUCUAGAGGACAAGCGUGAACUCUCCUCCUCAGAAGAAGAUGCACUUCCUGUACCCAGCCCCACAUCUUGCACAGUAACAUCAGACCCUUCACUAAAAGAUGACAGUGACACAUGCAAGAAACCCUGUAGUGUAGCACCUCAAGACAUUCAGCUAAUUUCUAGUACUAAUCUAAUUAGUGAAAUGAAUGGUGUUGGUGAAAAAUUACCAGCCAAGGAAAGCAUUGUGGACAUGGUAAAACAGGAAGUGCUGCCAUUGACUCUUGAAUUGGAGAUUCUGGAACAUGCCCAGGAAGAAUUGAAAGUGGAGUGCACCCCACCUGCUCUGACCCCUUCCAUGCUAACUUCCUUUUCUCCAGCUCCUCCGACCCCCCCAACUUCUCCUCCUUGUACUCCUGUCAUUUCUGCCACCACCGCUCGUUCUCCUGUUGCUGCCACUGUGGUCCAGAGAGUCACUGAAGAGGGAGAGAGCAUAAGAACUUGCCUUAGUGAGGAUUCAAGCGAAACUCAGAACAAAACAGAGGCAGAAGCAGAUGGGCAAACAGAGGAGAUUGUGGAUUCUCAGAACUUAAAUUCAAGAAGGAGCCCUGCCCCAGUGCAGACAGCCAUCAUUGCACCAAAGACUUGGAAGAAAGUGAAAGAUCGGGGCCGAACCGCAGACGAGGUGUUAGAGACAGAGGCAGAGCCUAAAGCAGACGAAGAACUUCCAGAUGACAGAGUACUUGAACCUGAGACAGAUAAAAUGAGCCAAGGGUUUCACUUUGAGAGAGACCCCUCUGCCCUGAAAAGAGUGAAAGCUGGGGAAGAAAAUGGAGAAGAAGCUGAGCCUCUACGCAAUGGUGCUGAGAGUACUUCUGAGGGGGAAGGAGGAGAUGCCAAUUCAGGCUCUACUGAUAGUUCUGGUGAUGGGAUCACAUUCCCAUUUAAAGCAGAGUCCUGGAAGCCUGCGGAUACAGAAGGCAAGAAGCAAUAUGACAGAGAGUUCCUACUGGACUUCCAGUUUAUGCCUGCCUGUAUCCAAAAACCAGAGGGCCUGCCUCCCAUCAGCGAUGUGGUUCUUGACAAGAUUAACCAGCCCAGAUUGCCGAUGCGAACCCUGGACCCUCGCAUUUUACCUCGAGGACCCGACUUCACCCCAGCCUUUGCAGAUUUUGGAAGGCAGACGCCUGGUGGAAGAGGCGUGCCUUUGUUGAAUGUUGGACCUCGGAGGUCUCAGCCUGGCCAGAGAAGGGAGCCCAGAAAGAUCAUCACCGUCUCUGUAAAAGAAGAUGUGCACUUGAGAAAGGCAGAGAACGCCUGGAAACCCAGCCAGAAGCGGGACAGCCAUGCUGACGACCCGGAAAGCAUUAAAACGCAGGAACUUUUCAGAAAAGUUCGGAGUAUUUUAAAUAAACUGACACCGCAGAUGUUCAACCAGCUGAUGAAGCAGGUGUCGGGCCUUACCGUGGACACAGAGGAGCGGCUGAAAGGAGUCAUCGACCUGGUCUUUGAGAAGGCUAUUGACGAGCCCAGUUUCUCUGUGGCUUAUGCAAACAUGUGUCGAUGCCUAGUAACGCUAAAGGUACCCAUGGCAGAGAAGCCCGGUAACACAGUGAAUUUCCGGAAGCUGCUGCUAAACCGCUGCCAGAAGGAGUUUGAAAAAGAUAAAGCAGAUGAUGAUGUCUUUGAGAAGAAGCAGAAGGAACUGGAAGCUGCCAGCGCUCCAGAGGAGAGAACAAGGCUUCAUGAUGAACUGGAAGAAGCCAAGGACAAAGCCCGACGGAGAUCCAUCGGCAACAUCAAGUUUAUUGGAGAACUCUUUAAACUCAAAAUGCUGACAGAGGCCAUCAUGCAUGACUGUGUGGUGAAGCUACUAAAGAACCAUGACGAAGAGUCCCUGGAGUGCCUGUGUCGCCUGCUCACCACCAUCGGCAAAGACCUGGACUUUGAGAAAGCAAAGCCACGUAUGGACCAGUACUUUAACCAGAUGGAGAAAAUCGUCAAAGAAAGAAAAACUUCUUCCAGGAUUCGAUUCAUGCUUCAGGAUGUAAUAGACCUCAGGCUGUGUAAUUGGGUGUCCCGAAGAGCAGAUCAGGGGCCAAAAACUAUUGAACAGAUUCACAAAGAGGCCAAGAUAGAAGAACAAGAAGAGCAAAGGAAAGUCCAGCAGCUGAUGACCAAGGAGAAGAGAAGACCAGGCGUUCAAAGAGUGGAUGAAGGUGGAUGGAAUACUGUUCAAGGGGCCAAGAACAGCCGAGUUCUUGACCCCUCCAAAUUUCUGAAAAUCACUAAGCCCACCAUUGACGAGAAGAUCCAGCUGGUUCCUAAGGCACAGCUGGGCAGCUGGGGCAAAGGCAGCAGUGGUGGAGCGAAGGCAAGCGAAACUGAUGCAUUACGGUCAAGUGCUUCCAGUUUAAAUAGAUUCUCUCCUCUGCAACCUCCAGCACCUUCAGGGUCCCCAUCAGCCACACCUUUAGAGUUUGAUUCCCGAAGGGCAUUAACCAGUCGUGGGAGCAUGGGCAGGGAGAAGAGUGACAAGCCACUUCCAGCUGGAGCAGCCCGUCCCAACACUUUCCUGAGAGGCAGCAGCAAAGACCUGCUGGACAAUCAGUCACAGGAGGAGCAGCGCCGAGAGAUGCUGGAGACCGUGAAGCAGCUGACUGGAGGCGUGGACGCUGAGAGGGCCAGCUCCGAGGCUGACCGAAGCAAGACCAGGGAGCUAGUGAAAUCAGAAAUGUGCGCAGUGCCAGCCCCUGACAAACCCACACUGUCGGAAGAAGAAGUGGAGAGGAAGUCCAAGUCUAUCAUUGAUGAGUUCCUACACAUCAAUGACUUUAAGGAGGCCACGCAGUGCAUAGAGGAACUGAGUGCCCAGGGCCCGCUGCAUGUUUUUGUGAAGGUGGGUGUGGAAUUCACCCUGGAACGGAGCCAGAUCACCAGGGAUCACAUGGGCCACUUACUGUAUCAGCUGGUGCAGUCAGAAAAACUCAGCAAGCAGGACUUUUUCAAAGGUUUUUCUGAAACCUUGGAAUUGGCAGAUGACAUGGCCAUUGAUAUUCCCCAUAUUUGGUUGUACCUGGCUGAACUAGUCACCCCGAUGUUAAAAGAAGGGGGAAUUUCCAUGAGAGAACUUAUUGUAGAAUUUAGCAAGCCUUUACUUCCCGUCGGAAGAGCCGGGGUCCUGCUUUCUGAAAUCCUGCACCUUCUAUGCAAACAAAUGAGCCAUAAGAAAGUAGGCGCCUUAUGGAGGGAGGCUGACCUCAGCUGGAAGGACUUUUUACCAGAAGGGGAAGAUGUACAUAAUUUUCUCGUGGAGCAGAAAUUAGAAUUCAUAGAGACAGAAAGUUCCUGUUCCUCGGAAGCACUUUCAAAGCGAGAACUCUCUGCUGAGGAGCUGUCUCAAAGGCUGGAGAAACUCAUCAUGGAGGACAAAGCGGAUGAUGAGCGGAUCUUUGACUGGGUAGAGGCUAAUCUAGACGAGAGCCAGAUGAGUUCACCUACAUUCCUUAGAGCUUUAAUGACGGCUGUUUGCAAAGCGGCUAUUAUAGCUGACUGUCCUAGCUUCAGAGUGGACACUGCCGUGAUUAAGCAGAGAGUGCCGAUCUUACUCAAGUACCUAGACUCAGACACAGAGAAGGAACUGCAAGCACUUUAUGCACUACAAGCGUCAAUAGUAAAACUUGACCAACCUGCCAAUUUGCUCCGGAUGUUUUUUGAUUGCCUGUAUGACGAGGAGGUGAUCUCAGAAGAUGCCUUCUACAAAUGGGAGAGCAGCAAGGACCCUGCAGAACAGAACGGGAAGGGCGUGGCCCUCAAAUCUGUCACAGCAUUUUUCACGUGGCUGCGGGAAGCGGAAGAGGAGUCCGAGGAUAACUAAUACUUCAAAUACACAAACGAAACAAAAGAAACAAUUUAAGUAUUUUUUUAAAAAGUUUCACGUCUUCGCCAAUCACAGUGCAGCAAGGCCAACUCUCGCAGAAACCCCACGUGUGCACGAGUGGGAGAGGGAAAAGGAAACAGGUGAUCAUGGAGGAUAAAGGUGCUGGAACAAGGAGACAGCAGACCUGAGGGCGGGAGCUCGGAAACCAAAAUACAUCACUAUUUAUAGAAAAUAUUUUCUGUUUUAAUCUUUUCUUUUUAAACGAGGACUCAUACUUAAAAAAAAAACACAUUUAGCAAAAAAAAAAAAAAAAGAAAGAAAAAAAAGGAAAGGCAAAAAAACAGUUGAGAACUUUUAAUUUAUUUUAAGGACUGCAAAUGCCAGUGUGUAAUUUUUUAAUUUGCAGUUUCUGUAAACAACUUGUAUAAUAGAAAAGCAGAAAAAUAAAUUUCCCUUCCCUUCAGAUGCACCUCACAUUUGUGUUAAGACAUAGCUGUUAGUCCAGAUUUGAGAAGGUUUGGGGUGGACAAGGUAAGAAAGAUCUCUCUCUCUCUCUCUCUCUCUCUCUCUCUCUCUCUCUCUCUCUCUCUCUCUCUCUCUCUCUCUCUCUCUUCCCUCUCGUCCCUCCCUCUCUCCCUCUCUCUCUCCCUCCUUCCCAUCCCCUCUCCCUCUGCUUCUCUCUCCCUCUUGCCCCACUCCCACCCCUGGCAUCAGAUCUUUCUGCCUGCCUCUCAGCUUGCUUCAAAAAAUAUAAAAAUCACACUAGUAAUCACAAAACAUACAUAACCUUGGAACAGAAGGAAGUACUAUGGACCAGAAAAAUCCAAGACUUGUUCAGAAAAAGUGCUACCCUGGAAAAUAACCUGAAUACCAUUGAAAUGGCUAGAGCACCCUUAAGGCUUGUAAAUACAUAGAACAACAAAUAUUUAAAAACAUAAGGAACUGACUCAAUACUAUUUCUUUUCACUUUCAAAAUAUAAGGAACAAAAUAAAGGCAAGCAUUGCAAGUUUAAAAUCAA